AUGGUAUACGCGUUUACUCUUCCAACCACUUCGCCUCUUUCAUUUCAGUCGUUUCUCACCUCACCAACCCAUCCCUCACUUCCUCAAUCGGCUUCAACGGCUCGCCAUGCUCUUCGUGUCACGUUAAAGGCUCACAAACGUUUACCCCGCGGCUCGCGCCAGGAUGCCCACUUACCCGCUGUACUAUCCGCCUUGAAUGAAUAUAUACCGUACCUGUUUGCGAUCUACAAUAGUCUAAGUGACAAAGUGGUUCCAGGAGAAUAUUCCUCUGCUGCCCAAGAUGUCUACGCGUCCGGGUCAGGUCUCCGCACGGGCGGGCUCGAGAUAGUCCUGGGUGCGGAGAUCGAGUCCGCGUGGAGACCAACUUUAUCCUCAACCAGUGCUUUUAACACAGUACCCGGGAGGAAUAGCUCAGGCGGGAAGGGACAGAAAACGCAUAACGGGCGAGUUUGUGGCCAAGGAAUCCACUUCGAGUUGGCAUUCACACUCACAACCCUCGGGUAUGUACUGAGCAGGCUGGCGCGUGCGGGUGUCGUCGCCGCGCUUUAUGCGUCUACGGCUCCUACAGCAGAGGAUCGUACUGCUGCUGUUCAGACCGCGACGCGAUACCUUCUGCAAGCCAGUGCGGUGCACAACAUGCUUGCCUCGUCACCGUCCUUUGCGGCAAAUUCUGUCUCCACAGUACCGGAUCUGAAUGCUGGUACGCAGUCUGCUCUUGCUUCGCUUGCUCUAGCGGAGGCUACUUUGCUCGCAGUGCUCAAGGACGAUGCAUAUGUUGCUGCGUGCAUCCAGUCGAGAAAUCCAAAUGAUAAGGAGUGGAUGGUCCACGCACCUGAAAUACCAAAAGUGCGUGCACUGUUAUUCGCACGACUAUGUGUUCGCGCAGCAGAGUAUUCCGAGCAGGCUGCCGCAGGUCUGGGUGCUGUGGGUGCCACAUCCACGCGCGCGGCGCGUGUUGGCGAUGAGGUCAUCCGGUACACCGGGGUUUUGGGCCGUGUCGCGCGUGCUCGCGCUUGUCGCUUCUUUGGCGUAGAUGCUGAGCUCUCUGGGAAAGUUGGAGAAGGCAUUGCGUGGCUACGGGCUGCACGCACACCUUUGGGGUUGCGCGGGGGGUCAUCUCAAGAUGAAGGCUCUGCCUCCAAUGGAUCGUCAAAGGGUGGACUAUCCCGCCUGAAGCGUGAGUGGAGCGAGCGUCGCGAGGAACGCCGCGUGGCGAAAGAUGCAGGCACCGGCGGUGAUAAGAAUCCUCUCGAUGCCGGGGACGACGCAGGCCGUGGCGAAGAGGGCCAGGUUAUCGCCAUGCUUGAAGCAAAAUGGGUGAAAAUGAAUGAUACAAUCAACACUCAGCUUAUUCCCCCAUCGGCUCCAUUGCUGUCUAAUUUGCCCUCUGGUCGAGAUAUUCACUCGCCACCGGCACCAUAUCAGCCCCCAUAUCUAGACAAUGACCAAAUGAUGCGUAUGCAGGCCAUACCGGACGAAAGCGACGAUGUGAACUUCGGCAACGAUGAUGACAGUGAAGAUGAGGCAGGCCCGUGUGCAGAUCGAACCCCAGGAGCAUUCCCAGAUCGUAGCGCGACUGCCUCCAGCGUCUAUUACUGA